CAGGUGCAAGACGUAUACACGUGUUCCAAUUUGCUACGACUAGAGGACUGUGUCCAAAUACUUGUAGGUGUUUCUUCAAUUCAACUGGACUCCCUCUGAGUUCCUGCAGAUGUUUUUGCUACAAGAAUUUUCAUCUUAAAGUGCGUUAAACCAUGAAAGGGGCUUUCUUUAAAGUGUGUACUUGUUUACUUGUAUUCUAACAGAAAAAGUGUGAGCUUCGUAAAAGGUUCGUAAGAGCGGAACAGAGUGUCAUUCAACGGUCAGCCGGCCAAGAACUUCAAUAAUAACUAGCGGCAUCCUUCACUUGGAACUUCGGCUCUUGCACCCAGAUACUCUUCGCAGGCACCGCACAGCAUUGUCAGUCGGACACGCUACCAUAGUAACGAAGCUUUGAUGAUAUAGUGAAAGUGGACGAAAUCAACCACAUAGACUGAUGAGGGGUGCUAGCCACAUACGGUAGACAGACAUCCAGGCAGACAACGAGGAGGAGACAGACAGCCUGUCAUCUUGGGAUUGACGACAUAGUGCAAUCAGCGCUGGUUGCACCAGUCACACCUCCCGAAUUUCGAACACUUAAGUGACCACAACAAUAACAGCAACACGACUCUCAGCGUCUCUCCCAAUCGGUAUCGGAGUGAAAGUCGAGAUAGACGCAUACAAUAUAUAAAAUACCCAGUUAUCGCGUGUGUUUACUACUGACAUAAUAAAGGAGCAAUGCCUCCAUCGAAGGGUUAUUUGGUUAUUGCAGUGGUGAUAUGUCGGGUAGUACUAUGUUAUAGUGUAGCAAUAGACAGAGAGGACACGCGGAAUGGCCACGGCGUAGCACCGGAGUUGACGCAAGACCAGUCCAUAUACAACAGAACCAAUAGACCCAUUGAUACGAGCGAUGAAGCGUUCGUACCUUACAGUCCAGACGACUUGCAGGUAGGCUGCACAGAGCUUAGAUCCAAACGAUAUAUUUCUGACGGGUUCUGCACGUCUAAAAAACCCAUCGCAGAAGUUGUGUGCGCGGGUGAAUGUGUCCCGACAAGGAUUUUGCCAUUUUAUUCCGAUUACACAAAAGUUUGGGGACGAACAAAAACAAGGGAAUGGAGGUGUGUGAAUGACGAGGAACGCUACAAGAGAGUACACCUGCAAUGUUCAAACGGCAACACGCGGACAUACAGAAUAAAAACAGUGCGGUCGUGCAAAUGUAAAAGGUACUCUGAUUCUCAUAAUGAGACCGAUAACUUGAAGAAGCUAGCUAAACGCCAACGACGACGGAACAGAAAUCAUAACAAUAAACCCGACAAGGGAGACUGAGACCUGCUUACAUCGUCACUUAUUCUACUGCUGUGUACAAAAAACCUAAGCCAGGCUGAGGUUGUAGUCGUGGCGAAAAGGAGCUUGUUAUAUUCAAUCUAUGGAUUGUAUCCAUGUGAACAUAAGCAACGGUAUGCUCGGCAAACUUGUCAGCCUCAUGACAUUGGAUUAAAAAGAGUACUUCUAUGACAUUGUUGUAUGUGCCGUGAGACGCAUCAAAAAGAAGUUUUUUCCCCCUUGAUGUAAUUAUUUAAAAAAAAACUACAUGCUGUGUUUUGUUGUCCAUAGUAUAACUAUAAACACUUUGAGUAAACUAAAUAUCCUAUGAUGGCAAACAACAUUUUAUAUAAGCUAGUGGGUGCAUUUUAAUAUGCUAUUUCUUUUUCUACAAUUAAGAAUAAUCAGCAAUUUUCUGAAGCAGCAGACAGAGUUAAGUUAUAGUCAGAUGACUUUAUGAGAUAGUGUAAUAUUGGUAACCAACACCAUAUUGCACACUUGUAUAAACAACAUAUUUGACACACAUUUUUUUAAAAAUAUUUUUCUCUCACCUUUUUUUUAAUUUGACGCUACCCCCAUCAGUGUACAAACAAAAUUCAGAUUAAAAAUAGAAAAAGGUGAGAUGUUUGUAGCUACUGUUUAUUUUGUUUAGCCGUGAAAUUUAACUGGGCCUUGAUUCAUCAAUAGAAAUGUCUUGCUAGAGUAAUUCAUGACAAAACCUACAAUAAGAUUACUUUUAAUAAAAAAAACGAUUGAAUAUAAACUAUUUUGAGUUGCCUAAAAUGUUAAAGCAAGUAGUAUCAGACUAGUAAUAUUCCAGAGACUUUGAGCUCAAAAUGUUUUGUCUGAAUGUGUAUUGGACAUGAACGUUACUUGGCCAGUCGUUAUGAGGAGUAUGAUUUCUUCCAAUACUCAAUACUACAGAUCAGAUCAGUGCAACACAAAGCUAACUGAAUCUUGUUAGGUGCUACCGUUAAAAUACAAACAUUUUAAGUGCACUCAUAAUCUCAAAGAAUCUUAAUAUAUAUAUAUUAUACAUAUAUAUAUCUUUUUUUUGUUUUAAUUUCUGUAACACGUACAGUCAUAAACAUUGUUUGUAUGGUUA